AUGUGGCGUGUCGGACCAAUUGUGCUGGCCCUUUUCGUCUGUUGCGUCUUUACCGAGCACGUGACUGGCGAAUCACGGCCAUCUUGGAAAGAUGUCGAUUUCCUUCGUCGGAUCGUUCGCGAAACGGAGCCCUUGGCGAUCGCCACGGAAAUUGAAGAUCUUCUCGGUGAAGGAAACGCUCCGGAAAAUAAUCGAUCGCCCAAACAACGUAUGAAAAAUGGAUCUGGGAAAUCAGACGAGGGCGGAUACUACAAGACGUACGGCAGCGACGCCGAGGGCGAGAAGGGUUACUUGGAGGCGACCUAUAGCAAGGGCAAUCACGGUUAUAAGACCCUCGACACCUUCCACAAGCGGGACGGCGACAAGUACGCAUUCGAGAAGCACGUUGCCUAUGGCAAAGCGAAUGCUGACAAGAAAAGUAGCCACCACCACCACGACGACGAUGCCAGCUCCGGUUCUGGGAAGGGCGAUGAUCACGAGGGCGCAGGUACUGUCGUCGAUAGUCAUUAUACGACCGACGAGGGGGAUCUUCGCGGUCACAGCGGCGAGCACGUCGAUGCCAGUGAUCAUGGAGGCCAUAGUGAGGGCGAUGGUGCACGGUAUACGGAUCAUGGGCCAGAAUCCUCGAGUUACGGUCAUGGUGGAGGCUACACGGCUGGAGACGGGGAAAACGGUUCUUAUGAAAGCCACAGCUCCUAUUCGAGAAGCUAUGGCGACGGUGAUGGGCACCGGGGAGGACAUUAUUAUUAA